GUGAGCUGCGCAUGCGCGUGGCGAGCAGCUGCCUCUCUUGAGUUGACAUGGACCCAGCGAAGUGAACACAACCAUGUCACGAGUGGGCACCUUUUGAUGACGGCGACUGGUUUUUUUUCUCCCACACAUUAUUCGUCGCGUUUUUCUAUUAGUGUAUAUGUGUGUUGGGGUGUUGUUGGACUGCCGCCCCCCCCCCAUCACCACCACCACCAGGCUGGACGAUUGGACUGGCACGUGUAAACUCUGCUCGUUUCCAUUCUUGUUGCUGUUGCUUGUUUGAAGUUGUCGCGGUUGUAUCUCGCCCCGACAUGCGGACGCAGUCGCCGUUGGUGCCCGUCGCCGUCGUCGUGCCGCUGCUGUUUGGCUUCUGGCCGUCGUCCGUGACCAUGUUGGGGCCGCGGGAGGGCUGGCAAGUGUUCGGCUCUGCCCAGGACGCCGACGGCCGCUGCGUGUGCACGGUGGUGGCACCCGGGCAGAGUCUGUGCUCACGGGAUGCCAAAGGACGCCAGCUGCGACAACUCCUGGAGAAGGUCCAGAACAUGUCGCAGUCCAUGGAGGUUCUCAACCUGCGUACUCAGAGGGACUUCCAGUACAUCGUGAGGAUGGAGAGCCUCAUUAAAGGUCUGCGCUCCAAAUUCAGACAAAUGGAGUCGGACAGGAGGACGCUGGCCAGCAAAAACUUCCAGGUACUCUCCGCUCCGUCUUGCCUUCCCGUCUCGAAAGCUCGUACGUCCCCGGGCGUAUUGCUGACAUGUCCUCAGGAACUGAAAGAGAAGAUGGACUCGCUACAGCCGCUAAUCCCCGUGUUGGAGCAGUACAAGACGGACACCAGGAUCAUCACCCAGUUUAAGGAAGAGAUCAGGAACCUGUCGUCCGUCUUGCUGGCCGUGCAGGAACAAAUGGGGACGUUUGACUAUGACGAGCUCAAUCGGAAAGUCCUGAGCUUGGAAAACCGCCUGAGAAGCUGCAUGAGCAAACUUACAUGCGGCAAGCUGUUGAAGAUCAGCGGCCCGCUCACAGUGAAGACCUCCGGGACCAGAUUCGGCGCGUGGAUGACAGACCCGCAAGCUUCUCCUGAAAACAUCAAAGUUUGGUACAUGGACGGCUACACCAACAACAAGAUCGUCAAGGAGUACCAAUCCAUGGCGGACUUCGUGUCGGGCGCGGAAUCUCGGACGUACAGCUUGCCCUUCAAGUGGGCGGGCACCAACCACGUGGUGUACAACGCUUCGCUGUACUACAACAAGAUGCAGAGCAACAUCAUCGUGCGCUACAGCCUGCGGACGGGCCGCGUGCUGACCCAGCGGGCGCUGGACUCGGCCGGCUUCCACAACGUCUACCCGUACACUUGGGGCGGCUUCUCCGACAUCGACCUGAUGGCCGACGAGCUGGGCCUGUGGGCCGUCUACGCCACCAACCGCAACGCCGGCAACGUGGUCCUGAGCCGCCUGGACCCCGACACUUUACGCCCGCUCGCCACCUGGAACACCGAGUACUCCAAACGCAACGCCGGCGAGGCCUUCAUGAUCUGCGGGACGCUCUACGUCACCAACUCGCACUUGACCGGCGCCAAAGUGUACUACACUUACUCUACCCGGACGUCCACCUACGAGUACGUCGACAUCCCCUUCCACAACCAGUACUUCCACAUGUCCAUGCUGGACUACAACGCGCGUGAGCGAGCGCUCUAUGGCUGGAACAACGGACACCAGGUGCUCUUCAACGUCACACUCUUCCACGUCAUCCAAAGCGACGACGACGCUUAAACGAGAAUAUUUGUUGCUCAUCCACUGUGAUUUCACCUGAGCUGUCAGUUCAAAUCCUGAAUGUGAAAGAACGAACUUCAACAACCGUUUCAUCGCUAAUUUAUGCUGUAUUUUGUCCGAAACAGACUUCAGCAGAGAUUCGAACACUCGACAGCGAGUCAAUCCCGUUAACAACUUUCGUCGUCGCAUUCCUCCAGCAAUUUUCUUCUGAAGGCCAAACGUUAGCUUUGAAAAUUGUGCGUAAACUUUUGUGGGCUAUGUUUCUCGGAUUUAGUUGCAGUCUUUGUUUUGUAUUGUGAUUUUUCUGCAGAAACAAGGAUUUAACGGUGUAAAUAAGAAGCUUAUCAUAACAAUAAACAUAUUCUUCAUUAUUUACAA